AUGCAGGCUCCUCCCUGGUUGGCCGACACAGCAGUCUUAUGUCUGAAAAGCAGAGAAGGUGUAGAGAUCUUCUCCAUUAAGCACAACAACUCCAACAAAAUGAACGAUCUGACCUUUGCUUUGGGGGUGGCAUGUCUGCUCUUGGGGAGAAUGGCUGAUGUGACACCAUCUUCACGCUUUAAAUCAGCAGAAGUUGGUGAAGACGUCACUUUGGACUGUUUCUAUGAAAAUGAGUCUACAGUGAUGCUAUACUGGUACAAACAGAUUCUGGGACAGAAUCCAAAGCUCAUGUGUAAGUUCUACAAGCAUGACAGCAUUCAUAAAAAUGGUUGCAAACUGAGUGAUGAAUUUAAGAAUGAUACGCGCUUUAAACCGGAAAUUACCACAGGUACAAAUCAUUUGAAGAUCUCAGACGUGCAGAUUUCAGACUCAGCAACUUACUUCUGCAUAACAGGCUUUUUAUACACGUUUGAGUUUAUGGAGAUCAUCACUCUCAGUGUGAAAGGUUCAGGGUCUAACAUCCAGGCUGUGGUGCAUCAGUCUGAGAGCAUCCAGCCAGGAGGCUCUGUGACUCUCAGCUGUACAGUUCACACUGAGACCUGUGAUGGAGAACACAGUGUUUACUGGUUCAAGAACUCUGAAGAACCUCAGCCAGGACUCAUUUACACCCAUGGAUCUCAGUGUGAGAGGAAACCCGACAAACAGACAAACACCUGUGUAUACAACUUGUCAAUGGAGAGACUGAACCGUUCUCAAGCUGGGACCUACUACUGUGCUGUCGCUGCAUGUGGACACAUUGUGUUUGGAGACGGCAGCAAAGUGGACUUUGAAGAGGUGGUGGACUAUCUUCCCUUGGUGUAUUUCCUGAGUGCGAUCUCAGCAUUCACCACCCUGCUGAGUGUUCUACUGGCUUUCUCAAUAUGCAUGAUGAGGGUUACAGCUACAUGUAGCCUCAAGCAGAUUCAAGCUAGAGUCAUCAGCUCCCCCACAACAAAUCCAGAGGGUUACCGAGAUGCAGACGACCUCCAUUAUGUUGCUUUGAAUAUUAAAUUCCCCAACAGGUCAAGACGACAGAGGGACAACAGAGAGGCUAAAUGUGUGUACUCAGCAUAA